CUCUUCUCAAAAUAAGAAAACUUCAACAACAUGACAACGGAAAAUCAAAUCUGCUGCCCAAAGACAGCCUCAACAAACCUAGCCAUGCACAGAAAAUCACAAACGAUUUCAAAAUCGAAGCCGAAAAUCCGAAUAAUCCACAUAUUUGCACCAGAAAUCAUCAAGACUGAUGCUGCAAACUUCAGGGAGCUGGUGCAGAGGCUCACCGGAAAGCCUGAUCAACGCAACGGCGCCGUGGAGAUGAAAGAGGGAUCAAGAAAGAAAAAAGCAACAACGGAGGUUGGUGCUGGAUUUCAUGCAGAUUUGAGAGAGAGAGUGAAAGAAGAGAUUUGGACGAGUGCAAAUUCGGGAGGUGGAUUUUUGGGAGGUUUUACGGAAAUUGAAGGAUUCAUGCAUGAGCUUAAUCACUUUCAGUUUUUGGAAGGUACAACAGCUCAGGUGCAGGAUGUUUAUGGUUAUGGAGAUCAGUGUCUGCAGCUUGCUUGAUUAAAGAUAAGCUGGAUUAGUGGAGAUAGAGUUAAUUUCUUGAUUAGCUAGGGUUUUCGAUUAAUCAUGAUUGGUGUUAUUUGUUGGUGAUCAAUGGUUUUUAUUUGUUGGCCUUUGGAUGAUCAUUUGAGGUUUUCUAAAUUGGGAUGUAUGUAUAUAAUAUGUUUAUAAUUUGGUGAGAGUUGUGCCUUUUUCUGCAUUUUUGGUAUAGUAGCUGAGAAGAAAGGAUUUUGUACAUUUCUAGGAUGAUGUUCUACUGUUCUACUAACUUAUAAUUCUAACCUUUUCAUUUUAGUA